GCGCGCUGGCAUCCUGGAUCUGGGUAGAGUGGAAGGCACGUGCUGUGCUGGUCGUCCUGUGGCAAGUCUCUGGGAUGGUCAUGUUUGCACAAAGUCAGAGGUUUUUCCUAUCUGUGUUGAAAAAAUACUGUGUCUCCUUUCUACUUCUGCGGAGGAUUUCUCCACUGCAUCCUAUGUAAAGGUUGACAGUUCUGAAAGUGGCGGGAUCUCUCCUGGGUUCUCUGAAGAUUUGGUCUCUCUUUCCCUUGCCUGUCCUCUGCUGUAUCGGCUCCUCCCUCCCCCUCUCUGCAGUGGCUGACUCCUUAUCACAGUUCCUCCGAGAGUCUGCUCUGCUCCCUUUAUCCUAUAUGCUCUUUUGUUUCAAUUUCUCAGCUUCUCCUCUGUUCCAGUUGUGCCAGCAGACGAUCCGUGGAUCCAUUUUAUUUUCCCUGCUAGGAGUUGCUGUACAUAAAACUGGCGCAAUGUCCCUGCUCUUCUCUCGAUGCAACUCCAUCGUCGCGGUCAAGAAGGAUAAGAGACACAUGGCUGAGGUGAACGCUUCCCCGCUCAAGCACUUCGUCACCGCCAAGAAGAAGAUCAAUGGCAUUUUUGAGCAGCUCGGGGCCUACAUUCAGGAGAGCGCUGCCUUCCUCGAAGACACCUACAGGAAUGCAGAACUGGACCCGGUUACCACCGAAGAGCAGGUUGUGGAUGUCAAAGGCUACCUCUCCAAAGUGCGGGGCAUCAGCGAGGUGCUGGCCCGGCGGCACAUGAAAGUGGCUUUUUUUGGCCGGACGAGCAACGGGAAGAGCACUGUGAUCAACGCCAUGCUCUGGGACAAGGUCCUGCCCUCUGGCAUUGGCCACACGACCAACUGCUUCCUGCGGGUGGAGGGCACAGACGGCCACGAGGCCUUCCUCCUCACGGACGGCUCGGAGGAGAAGAGGAGCGUCAAGACCGUGAACCAGCUGGCGCACGCGCUGCACCAGGACGAGCAGCUGCACGCAGGCAGCUUGGUGAGCGUGAUGUGGCCCAACUCCAAGUGCCCACUUCUGAAGGAUGAUCUUGUGCUGAUGGACAGCCCUGGCAUCGAUGUCACCACAGAGCUGGACAGCUGGAUUGACAAGUUUUGCCUGGAUGCUGACGUGUUUGUUCUGGUGGCCAAUUCGGAGUCCACCCUCAUGCAGACGGAAAAGCAGUUCUUCCACAAGGUGAGCGAGCGCCUCUCCCGCCCAAACAUCUUCAUCCUGAACAACCGCUGGGACGCGUCCGCCUCGGAGCCCGAGUACAUGGAGGAGGUGCGGCGGCAGCAUAUGGAGCGUUGUACCAGCUUCUUGGUGGAUGAGCUGGGCGUGGUGGAUCGAGGCCAGGCCGGAGACCGCAUCUUCUUUGUGUCUGCUAAGGAGGUGCUCAACGCCCGUAUCCAGAAGGCCCAGGGCAUGCCUGAAGGAGGGGGCGCUCUUGCCGAAGGCUUUCAAGUGAGGAUGUUUGAGUUUCAGAAUUUUGAGAGGAGGUUUGAGGAGUGCAUCUCCCAGUCUGCAGUCAAGACCAAAUUUGAACAGCACACAGUCCGGGCCAAGCAAAUAGCCGAGGCAGUUCGCCUCAUCAUGGACUCUUUGCACAUCGCUGCUCAGGAGCAGCGGGUUUACUGCCUCGAAAUGCGUGAAGAGCGGCAAGAGCGACUGAGGUUUAUUGACAAACAGCUGGAGCUCCUGGCGCAGGACUACAAACUUCGGAUUAAACAGAUAACGGAGGAGGUCGAAAGGCAGGUAUCCACGGCGAUGGCCGAGGAGAUCAGGCGCCUCUCCGUGCUGGUGGACGAGUACCAGAUGGAUUUCCACCCUUCCCCAGUCGUCCUCAAGGUCUAUAAGAACGAACUGCACCGCCACAUAGAGGAAGGACUGGGCCGAAACAUGUCUGACCGCUGCUCCACGGCCGUCACCAGCUCCCUGCAGACCAUGCAGCAGGAGAUGAUAGAUGGCUUGAAACCCCUCCUUCCUGCUGCCGUGCGGAGUCAGAUAGACGUGUUGAUCCCUCGGCAGUGCUUCUCCCUCAGCUACGACCUGAACUGUGACAAGCUGUGUGCUGACUUCCAGGAGGACAUCGAGUUCCACUUCUCCCUUGGGUGGACCAUGCUGGUGAAUAGGUUCCUGGGCCCCAAGAACAGCCGCCGGGCCCUGAUGGGCUAUAACGACCAGGUUCAGCGUCCCAUGCCUCUGACACCUGCCAACCCCAGCAUGCCCCCGCUGCCACAGGGCUCGCUCACCCAGGAGGAGCUCAUGGUUUCCAUGGUCACCGGCCUGGCCUCCCUGACAUCCAGGACCUCCAUGGGCAUUCUUGUUGUUGGAGGCGUGGUGUGGAAGGCAGUGGGCUGGCGGCUCAUCGCCCUCUCCUUUGGGCUGUACGGCCUCCUCUAUGUCUACGAGCGUCUGACCUGGACCACCAAGGCCAAGGAACGGGCCUUCAAGCGCCAAUUUGUGGAGUAUGCCAGCGAGAAGCUACAGCUCAUCAUCAGCUACACGGGCUCCAACUGCAGCCACCAAGUCCAGCAGGAACUGUCCGGGACCUUUGCUCACCUGUGCCAGCAAGUUGAUGUCACCCGGGAGAACCUGGAGCAGGAGAUUGCUGCUAUGAACAAGAAAAUCGAGGUCCUUAAUUCACUUCAGAGCAAAGCAAAGCUGCUCAGGAAUAAAGCCGGUUGGUUGGACAGCGAGCUCAACAUGUUCACGCACCAGUACCUGCAGCCCAGCAGAUAGUGGGCCGUGGGAGGGGCCUUCCUGGAGGGCGGCGCUGCCUGCUCUGGGGGCCGCCACCCGGGCCAGGUGGCUCCCAUCACUGCUGCCACCACCGAGGCGAGAAUGAACGUGCCCCUGUCUCAUACUGUCUCGAACCCUUAAACGCUAGUUAUUUCCCCCACCUUUGCCUGCUGUUGAAGGAAGAUCUUCCAGCUCAUCCCCUACAGGAGAGUUUUUUAAAUGACAACUACAGACGGCAUGGUACCGAGGAGUGGGGUCUGCUCUGCUCUGUCGGGUUCAUUUGAGAAUCACCUGACCGCUUGAUAAGAUCUUGGCGUCUCCCAGCAUCGCGGGACGUCAAGGGGGGAGCCCUUCUGGGUAUCAGGCAGACGCCCCCUCCAGCAACACUAACCCAGCCCGUGCACACGUGCAGAGAAGCCACCUUAGGGGACGGCUGGAUUUUCUUCCCAGACCGCAGCAGCAGUAGUUCCGGACGCCGCUCGCAUCCCAGGCCCGUGGCUCGUGUGGCCGUUCGGUCCUUUGGCUUUGAUGCUUCGUCCCACUGACGGCCUUUCAGACGCAGCGCGGCAGCGGUGGUGGCGGUGAUGGUCUUGUGGCGGGGCUCCGUGCACCUGGGGUUCAGGGUAGGCGGGCUCCGUGCGCUUGGGGUUCAGGGUAGGCGGGCCCUGUGCCACGCGGGGAAGAACGGGUGCUGCAGAGGCGACUGGAGUCGUGAGCGAGCUUAGGGGAGGUGGUGUGUGGAGAGGGGUGUCCGGGCGCGGGCUGUUACCCAGCGAGGACUUGCCUCCUCUGCAUAGGCCCCUUGUUCUGGUUUCAGUCCUCGGCCCCUCGCAGUCUGGUGUGAUUAUUGGUGAAAGCCAGUUUGGUGAGGAUCGGCAGAGGAGGUAGAGGAAGGGAAGAGGGUGGAAGAAAGAGACCCGAGUAAGCGCAGAACUGGGCCCUCCACUUGACCUCACUAUGAGGGGCUCUUAGGGUCUGAGAGCCCCCAACCCCCCCCCAACUUGGUGGCAUUCCUGUUAUGCCCCCUCAGAGACGUCCCCACCGCUCCUGCCUUGCUCCAGAGGGGGAGAAACCACCGCACUGCCCACCCCACCCCACCCCCAU